AUGGCUCGCGGAAAGGUUCAGCUGAAGCGAAUUGAGAACCCAGUGCACAGACAAGUUACCUUCUGCAAGCGCCGAGCAGGGCUUCUCAAAAAGGCUAAGGAGCUCUCUGUGCUGUGCGAUGCUGAAAUUGGCCUUGUCAUUUUCUCCGCCCAUGGAAAGCUCUAUGAACUUGCCACCAAAGGGACCAUGCAAGGGCUCAUUGAGAGGUACAUGAAGUUCACAGGGGGGCCCCAGCCUGAAGCAGUCACUACUGAAGCAGAUCCUCUGGAUGCAAAAGAGGAAACCAAUGUGCUAAAACAAGAAAUUGAAACAUUGCAAAAGGGUAUCAGGUAUUUAUUUGAAGGAGGCAAUGGCACAAUGACAAUAGACGAAUUACAAGUGCUGGAGAAGAAUCUCGAGGUUUGGAUAUAUCAUAUUCGCUCGAUGAAGAUGAACAUCUUGUUGCAAGAAAUUCAAGCACUGAGAGAUAAGGAGGGAACACUUAAAGCGACAAAUAAAUAUCUCCACGAUAAGAUGGUGGAGAAUACUGCACUUACUACCUUCACUCCAUUUGCUACUGACACUUCGUACCCACUAAUUAUACAAGAUGGGGCUUUUCAGCUCUAUUAA